GAAGUGGCGGUGCGGGUGUCAUGGCGGCGCAGGCUGUGGCGGCGCGGAGGCGCUGGUCGCGCCUGGUUCUUGCGGAGCUGUGGGCGCGACCGCGCCGCCUGCAGCAUGAAGGGCAGCCUGAGCGCUCGGACCAGCCCAUACAAAUGGAGAACCCCUACAAAGAUCCUCCAAAGAGAUGUGUCCUGUGUGGAAUAAAUGUGGACUAUAAGAAUGUGCAGCUUCUUUCCCAGUUUGUUUCUCCAUAUACUGGCUCCAUUUAUGGCAGGCAUAUCACAGGCUUGUGCAACAAGAAGCAGAAGGAAAUUACAAAAGCCAUUAAAAGAGCUCAUGUAUUUGGAUUUAUGCCAGUUAUGUUUAAGAACCCACAAUUUCUCACAGACCCCAAGCUAUGUAACAUCAAGUAUCCAGAGUGAUAUACUGUACAGAAAUAAACAAUAAAACUGUUUUUCAUGUUUAUGUACUUGUUUGCUGGAAAUGUGGUUUGCUAGCAUAAUGUGUGGUUGACUUGAGGGGUGGAUGUCAGUCGUUCUUUUAUUUUUUUUCAUGAAGUCUCUGAAAGUUAUUGUCUGAAGGAAGAUUAAAGCAAUAAUAGAAACUGG